AUGUCCGACAUCAAGAUCAAGCCCGAGCGCGGCGACGACGAUGAGGAGCCCUUCAUCGAGGGCGACGAGGCUGCCGAGGACGACCCGCUCGAGGAGGGCGGCGACCUCGAGUUCUACGACAAGGCGGCUGACGACCCAAAAUAUGACAACAUGUACCUGGCACGCGUGCCCAACUAUGUCUGGGAGGCCUGGGACAAGCUCCCCGACGACGCCGAGAUCGAGGUCGGCCGCAUCCGCCAGUGGUACGAGGUCGACCCCAAGACGAACCAGCCCACGCCGCGCCUGCGCAUGCUGCUGCACAGCAACCUGGCCCAGCACCAGCUGGUGCCCAAGGAGUACGACCUCAAGGUCACCGAGAUGCGCGUCAACAACACCUUCAUCUUUUCGGAGCAGGACCUGCCGCACUACAAGGAGAAAAACCGCGCCCGCGCCGAGGCCGCCGCCGCCGGCGUGCCCGCCAAGCUGCUCCGCCAGCCCAGGCCCGACAAGCCCGCCGAGAGGCCAAAGUUCCCCGGCGGCCGUCGUAGGGGACCGCGCCGGCCCACCUUCAAAAAGUCCAUCCCCAAAAAGACAAAGAUUGCCGGCCGCGUCCGCCACGAGCUCAACUGCAUCCCCGUCGACAACCCCGAGACGGACCACAUGCUUGCCCUGAGGGCCAUCGAGGCCUCCAAGCCCACCGCCACCGUCACCUUUAUCGACGAGACCAACAUCUCGCUCAACUCGCUCGAGCGCGGCGGUCUCGCCGCCCAGAACAGGCUGCAGAACUUUAUCCCCGCCGCCGCACAGGCUCCUGCGCCGACCAAGGCAAAGAGGGUGGAUAUGAAGACGACUCGUAUGGCCGAAAACGAGCUGCUGGAUCAGAUCUUCAUAUGCUUCGCCAAGCACACGUACUGGCCCAUGAAGACGCUCCGCCACACCCUAAGGCAGCCCGAGGCAUAUCUGAGGCAAACGCUCGAGAAGGUCGCGGAGCUGCACAGGACGGGCAGGUUUGCCAACACUUGGUCACUGACAAAGGACGUCGCCCGCUCCAAAAACAUCUCGGCCCAGAACGGGGACGAUGUCAUGGCGCCCGUGGUGGAGGACGCCGACGCCGACGACGACGACGAGGAAGGCGACGUCAAGAUGGAAGACGUGCUCUGA